AGUAGAUCGUCCUCUUCCCUCCUCUCUCGUCUUUCUUCCUCUCUGCCAUCUUGCAGCAGGUACAGUUUGCCUGCCGGGGGUCCUGGGCUGCUGAGAAAGUGGCCAAACCCUCCCACAGUGGGACGUUUUCUCUGCUGCUGCUGCUGCUGCUGCACUCUGGGGCUGGUUCCUAUUCAAAUGUGGGUCAGGGGUGAGGAAGCCUAACGUCAUAAGCUUGCAACAUGGCGUCCCGAAAGCUGUGAGAUGAGCUAGAGGAUGGUAAAGAACGCCUGAGACCGAUCCUACCGAUGUGAUAAGCUUCAGGUGGUGUUCGUGUAGGAAGAGAGAGAGAGAGAGAGAGAAGGAAAGAAGGAAGGAAGGAAAGAAAGAAAGAAGGAAGAAAGGUGGAAAUGGAACUGCCAAAUCAUGCCAAACACCUGCUGCUGCAACUCAACCAGCAGAGAGCCAAAGGCUUCCUCUGUGAUGUUAUCAUUGUGGUGGAGAAUGCACUCUUCCGUGCCCACAAGAACAUUCUGGCCGCAAGCAGCAUUUACUUCAAAUCUUUGGUCCUCCACGAUAACCUCAUUAACCUUGAUACGGAGAUGGUUAAUCCCUCUGUAUUCAGACAAGUGCUGGACUUCAUCUACACUGGGAAGCUCCUGUCCUCAUCGGACCAGAGCAGUGAGCAGAACUUCAGUGCCCUCUUAACCGCAGCCAGCUACCUCCAGCUCCAUGACCUCGCUGCUCUGUGCAGAAAGAAGCUUAAGCGCAGUGGUGGGAAACCUCUGCCAGGUAAACCUUCCACUCCAGGUCCCCAUAGCCGCUUACGUAUCAACAACCAACGACUGUCCUCCUCAACCCCUGCUGGCCCAAACAACCAUUAUCCUCCAACACCUGACACAGACCAGCCACAGCCAGAUGAAGGUCUUCGGGACAAACUCUCAGAUGAUGAGAUGUUUGUCGGCAGCUCUGGGAAGAAUGGGAACAGUGGUAAUGGCAGCAGUAACGGUAACCUCAGUAGUGGAGGGAGUGCUGGAGAACCAGACCUUGGACUAGACCUAUCAAAGAAGAGCCCUCCCUCUUCGGGCACAGCCACUGAUGCCCUGAGCCCACAUAGUAACUCACAAGAAUCCCCUCAAUCUGCCUCAGUAUCAACAACCAACAGUGCCUCACUGGAUGACUCCUCUGCCACCCUACUAGGUGUAGACACAGAAACCACGGAGCUCAACCCUUCCUCUAAAACCUCAGAGGAAACCCAAAACCAGCCUGAUGGUGCCCCACCCCAGAAGAAGUCCCGGCAAGGUUCUCGCAAGAAUGAAUGGCCCAAGAGAGAGGCAACAGGGUUAAAGCCUGAAGACCAUGAGAGGCCUCUGGUUAAUGGGGUGAUAGUUGGUCCCAAAGAUGGCCGUUCCUCUGGGGUUGGCAGGGGUAGUGGUGGUAGCUUUGCCUCUGACCAAUCCUUCCAAUGUAAAGAUGAGGAAGAAGGAGGAGAGAAUGGCCAGGACCACAGUGAUGAGAGUGGUCAGAGUGAUGGAGAGAGUGCAGGAGGUAAAGGAGGAACAGGAGGGGGACAUCAAAACACCAACUAUGUGUACAGACAGGAAGGUUUUGAGCCAGCAUUUGGAGACAACCUCUAUGUGUGCAUUCCUUGUGGUAAGGGCUUCCCCAGUUCUGAGCAGCUCAAUGCUCACGUGGAGACGCACACUGAGGAUGAGCUCUACAUCAAAGAGGAAGGAGGGACCUUUGUGAAAGAGGAAGAUGAAGAGGAAGCAGAGGACCUGUCUGCCCCAGUAGGUCCUUCCAGCUUAGGCUCUGAGCGUCCAUUCAAGUGCACAGUCUGCAGUAGGAGCUACAAAGACCCAGCAACGCUGAGACAACAUGAAAAGAGCCACUGGCUGACCAGGCCUUUCCCUUGCAACAUCUGUGGCAAAAUGUUCACCCAGAGGGGCACCAUGACACGCCAUAUGCGCAGCCACCUUGGCCUAAAGCCAUUUGCAUGUGAAGAGUGUGGCAUGCGCUUCACUCGCCAGUACCGUCUGACAGAGCACAUGCGUGUUCACUCUGGGGAGAAGCCGUAUGAAUGCCAGCUGUGCGGUGGGAAGUUUACCCAGCAGCGUAACCUCAUCAGUCACCUGAGAAUGCACACCUCACCCUCUUAGAACUGCAUCAAGCCAAAGAACUCUGGGAAUAGAAAACAAAAUUCUCUACUUUUUUUCCAUCUCAACAGGAAAGAAACGCACACAAACACAUUCACAUGCAGACAUGCAUAGUACUUCAUAUGAAUUCCAGUUUACAGUGCCCCGGCUAAGUGAAUGAUGUUGCCGUUGGUGACAGUGGGAUCUUGUUGAUGCAAGAAUCAUGUCAUCAUUUAUAUAAUUUGCUCACCUCUCAGGAGUUCUAGAUGAACUAUUUACUCCUGUCACUCUCCAAAGUCACGAAACCAUGGUGGAGUGGCAUGACCUGUUGUCCGUGCUGCAAGUCUAUCAAAUGUGAAUGUGGGUACUACUAUAAAGCCCCCCCCCCCCCACCACCACCACCUCAUACCCCCACCAACAACCUUCCACUGCUCUAUACUGAGUGAUGGUUCUUGGAGUUUUUCAGAUUGUUCCUCAAACGGAUGAACUCAAGAGUCCCCUCUUCAGUGCUAUUUUGACCAAAAACCCGUGCAAACAGUACUGGCAAUAAUUCAGCAAAAAGAUUAUUUUUACCCUGACAGCUUUAUAUCCUUUAUGUUGGUGAUGGGGAUCUGUAUGUAACAGAAGGGAUAACUGGGUUUGGGACCAUCUGCAUGCUUUAACUGAAAGUCCUGAAAGAAGGUCCAUGGUGGGAUACCAUUGAAUUAAGAUUUAGUUUUUACAGGCAACAAAUAUUCUAAGUCCUCUACAGCUGUUCACGUUAAUAUAUAUAUAUAUAGAGAGAGGGGAUUUUUCAUUGUUUUCAAUUUUGCCUGCUAGUCCUUCCAGGAGAAAUUACUGGUUGGAAAGAUGAACCCUUUGAGGUACUUGUUUUACUUAAAGAGCUUGUAAUGUUUCAGUGAAUGUUAAAACUGGAAGGUCUUGGGGUUUAACUUGUGGAGGGGAGGGAUUUGGUUUGGGGUGGGGAUUUAAUGGGGCUAAGAAAAGGGUGUUUUAGUCUGGACGUUAUGUUCAGUGGGUACGUUUUGAUUAUUGCUUUUUUUUGUCUGUAUAGCUUUCCUCCCCUCAGAAAAAAGAAAAAAAAAGUCUAUUUGUAUAGACUUCUGACCUUGCUACCUCUGAUUACUCUUACAAACUCUGUUGUUUAGUUUAAAGUUCAUAUGUAAUUAAUUGUAAAAAGUGUGUAGAUUAUGGUAACUUUUCACCGAAUGCUUUAACCUGCCCAACUCUCAACACAGGUUUUUUUUAAUGGUCAUAGAUUUUACACUUUAAUAUUGUUUUAACUAUUGUUUUACUUGUCAAAUAUAGCUUUUUGGGUGCCAUGCUCAGUGUGGCCCCGCUUCAAAGUGUACUGUAGCUACCUGCCUGGAGCAAAUAGUUAGUUAGUUAGUGUAGAUGUAUAGUGUUCCAAAGAUCUUAUGAAUGUUGAGGAGAACAGAGCUAACUAACAAACAUUGCUAGACAAGUUCAUAACCAAAGUUUUUAAAAAGAUGUACUUAAGAUAUAUAGCAUACUAAAUUAUUUUGCUUUUGAUUUUUCUUUUUGCUGUAUAAAACAAAUUAUGAAUUAUAUUCUAAGUCCAGACAAAGAAAUCCACUGUUGAUGGAGUUUUGGCCAAUGACUCUGAGACUGAGGAAGGUUCUUGCAGUUUGCAAGGAAAGCUUGUGCUGAUUGGUGGGCCGGUAUAAUGUGAACUUUACCACAUUACGGAACUGGUAAAGUUUAAAACAUGUCCCCUGUACAUGUUUGUUUUUUUUUGUUUUUUUUCCCCCCCAGAGUCCUUAUCACUUUAUAUUCCCUGACUUUAAAAACAGGACAUGAUGACAUUGUGUAUGUUCUUUUCAGACCAAAAAAAAGAAAACAAAAGAUAAAAAAAGAUAAGAAUUAUAAUCAGAAUUUAAAUGUGAAGUUCAAGUUGCUUGUUAGUUUUUUUUGAGCCAGACUUGUGAAAACUUGUAAUAAGAAGGGAGGCGCAGAGAUGCACUGGACAGCUGGACAACUCAUUGUCUCCUACAGCAUCCUUAGAUUGUAUUUCAUUUUAUCACAGAAUUAUUUUAAAUUAUUUUGAACCCUUAAAGCUUUACCUCAAACAACCAUGAGUUGGGAAUGACUCCUCUUUUUUUCUGGGGGUUUCACGGAAACCUGUCCAGUGUAUCUACUCUAAACAGUUACUCUGUGGAGCAUGAACCUUCACUACAAGUUUUUGGUAUAGGCAUUCCUCUAUUAUGUUGGAUUAAGUGUCCUCUUGGUUUUUAAGAAAUUCCUCUUUUUUUCCUUAUGUUAUGGUCUGUGAAAUAUUUGUCAUCAGGAUACCACUGCAGUUACGAACAUUCAUUUUAAGGUACCUGCGUCCUGGACUCCCAGAGUUGUUACUUGGUUAUGAUGGAUGUUGGUGUCUUGCUGUUUUGAGCUGUCACAUUUUUAGGGAUUGCAUGGUACAUCUGUGAAAUCUUCACACUCCUUACCCCCCCAACCCCCGACCACAAACAUGUUAUUUAUCGCCUGAUCUGUUGUUGCUUGUGUUCUCUUCUGGCUUUAGAGGGAGUCCACAAUGCAUUGCCUUCAAAUGUUACAUGUACUUGUCAGCACUUAGUGCAGUACAGCAUAAUGUCUGUCAUGCAAAAGGUGUUUUUGUAGAACAAGAUCUGUAGCCAUCUCUGCAGAAGACUUUGCAGCUGCAUUUGAAUGCUCGCAUAACGAAGAAAAAAAACCUCCAAACUCCAAACUGUGACCAUACUACUACUACUACUAUUGCUACUACUAAUACUACUACUACUACUAGUACUACUACUAUUCAAAUACUUCAGGGAUUGUUCCGCAUCUGUGAAUGCAGACUCUCAGCUACAUUUGUAUGACAUAGUAUUGUAUCAAUUUCUCUGUAUUUUAAUCAUAUGGGAAAAGCAAAACACUAGUUUCAUAUUUAAGAUAUACAGGGGGGUACUUUAUCAACUAACACAGAGAGCCUUGACAAAGGCCAGGCAGCUUGAAACAAGUCUACAUUUGAGUUAGUUACACAGUAAAUAGUUGCAAAGUUGUACAAAGAACUUAAAAAAAAAAAAAAGAGAGAGAGAGAAAGAAAAAAGAAAAGCUCAUACCCAAAUCCACAAACUAUUUUUUAAACCAAAGCACAUUUGAAUGAUUAUGGAACCAUGUGUGGCUCUAAAAAAAGAAACGUAUGUAUUUAUCUCAUUGUUUACAUAAACUCUUACAGUUUUACAGACCUCAGUCGGGGCUCGGCCAUUCAGAGGGUUGAUCUUGUGUCUUUAUUUUUAUUUUUUUGAUGCUUUACUACAGAGGUUGCUGCCAAAAAUGAAGGCAUAGCAUCAAACAUAGGUUUAACUGUUGUAUAUUCAAUUCAUGGGAGGGGUGUGUGUUUUUAGGGGCACCUUGCCUCCUCCUCCUCCUCCUCUGCCAGCUGGCUUUGGGGUGACCCUGCGCCCCAGUCCCCCUGCCCUCUGGCCUAUCUUCUGAUGGAGCUGCAUUGGUGGGGGUCUGCUGUGCAUCCUUGAUGUAUUAAUCAAAAGGCAUUGUUAGUCAGGGUCUUUAGCUGAACGUUGUGUCUCUGUGUUUACCCAAAUGCUCUUGAAGACUAACUCUGCUGCUUGGGUCUCUUAAUAUGUAGAAGUGGGUGUAUGUAUGGUUUGGGUUGUUCGAGUGACAUGGUACAUCUCUUAUGCUGGCUCUUCCUAAAACCUAUGUGGAGAAUGUAGCUUUGAUUUGUUCACUGCAUGUAAAACAGGCUCAUCUGGUCGUCUUAACUGUGAAUGUUAAUGUUAUAUUCUGCGUUUAUGGCGUUUUUGAAACUAUUUUCUUUAGCUGCCUGAGUUCUGGGGGUGAAAGCAGCACAAACCUCUGACUGGCCGGGCCCUCACACAAAGUUGGUGCAAACACUUAUUGACAGUGUUCUUUUUUUUUUUUUUCUUUUUUUUUUUUAUCAAAUGUCUAUUGUCAGUGAUGAAUGUAUUUAUUUCUGGUCCUGCCCUCACCUCUGCAAAGAUUUAGCUCAGUGUGUGAGUCUGAGGUUGAGGCAGGACCCCCUUUUUUUUGUUUUUGUUUAUAAGGAUUUCUAGCUGAGAAUCAAAAUUGAGACCCAAUACCUAGCCAUUAACCAUGAUCUGUGAAGUUGACUUUUUUUUGGAGGGAGAACUGAUUUUAUGUUUCUGAACUCAAAAAAAAUGGUCUAUGGCAUUUAAUAUCUUUUUUUUUUCUCAGUUAUAUAUGACAGUCUGUAGGGUUUUAAUUUCAUGUAUUUCACUCUGGGUGUUUUUUUUUUGCCCAUGUGUUCUUGAGUUCUCGCUGAAUGACUGCACGUAAGGGGAGAUGAACUUUAACUCCUUGUGUGUCUGUGGACACAGACAGGACACUGUGACCUGCCUGUGCAGAAUGGAGGCUACUGUAUCUUUUCAAACAUGCUCUCCUUGGGUGUUGCCAUGCUGCUACCAUUAAAAAAACAAAAGACAUUUACACAGUAGAAACAUGAACAUAAUCAACAUUUCUUUCCACUGAACGGUAAUAUUCCUCUAAGACUGUCGUUACAGUUCUUGUCUUUAACCACUCGCCACUUCCUCCUAUCUCUUUUUUCAAGAAGUUUAAUGUUUUAGUUCAGUGUCUGUCUGUUCCACAGUGGAGGGUUUUUAGAAACCAUGGGUGAGAUAGCUUUACUAAGUGCACUUUGUACGUUUUUCACGGCCUCUGGGAAGACCCAGGUGCUUCAAUAUCGCUCCAUUUUACCAAUACAGUAGUUUUCUCUUAGACUUUAUUUUCUCACCCUUUGAUUGUUACUGUGUGUUUUUGAAAUAUCAUUAUGCAGUGUUACAAAAGCUUUAAAAUGAAUUUACAAAGCAGGAAACUCAACUGAGACUAUGCUCCGCUCUAAGCAUUCAAUUUGCCAUCUCAUUUCUCGGCGUUGUUGUUGCACCAUGUACAGUUGUUUCUACUUCCAUCCUCUCCAGGCAUUUGUAUAGUUGAGGGGCUGGUCUGUCCAGUUAUUAUGGAGCUGUUCCUUCUUACCUCGGCAGACUAAACCAAAGCCAGUUUCAAAAUGGCCUCCAGUGCCAUUAAAACUUCUCUAAGCUUUAUUGUCCCUUGCUUUAUCUCAGAUUCGUCUGACCCUUUGCUUUAGCGCUUUGACCCUCUGUCAUUUCUGUUGAUGCCCAGGCGACUGUACCCUCUGCCCUGCCGCAUUUUAUAUUUCACGUAAGAAUCAGCUGUAACUCCCUUGACGACGUGCAGUUGUGACUCAAACACAGAAUUACCUCAGACGUUGUACAGAAAUGUGCUAUUUUUUCACAUCACAUCUCACUGUUUAUACUCACUCCCGCUGUUUCUUUGCCGUCCAUCUAUUACCAAAAUGUGUUUUUUUUCCUGAAAUGGAGUUUGUAGCAACAUAUUAACAUAGUCAGUUUUUAAAUGUAUUAAGGCUCAGUGUCAGUGUCUCAGUAGUACUUGAAGAGUUGAUUAGUGGAGGUGCCCAUGAUAUGGGUGUAUCAAGCUUCCCCUCUGGUCCAUUUUCUUCAGGAACAGUCUCUCAAUAAUGUAUCAGGAUCUGUGGGCUGAGAGGCUCCGGAAUGGACAUUUAGUGUCUUUGCUGAUGAAUAAUUAAAGUCCAGGAAGUCCUCCCCUUUGGCAAACACACUUCGUAUGCAAAGGUGUACACACCCAGGUCCACUUUUGCUGGCAUGCAUGCACAUUACACCUCCACUCAUGCAAACACCGAUGCAAUCGCGUGGACUUCAAACACAACUUAAUCUGCACACACCAGUAUUUAAGGUGGGGCUCUUGGACCCCCUUUUGUGGCUUUUGGCAGCACCCAGGCUGGGCUCUCUCUUUAUCUCCACUCCUUUUGAGAGCUCGUAUUCAGGUCAGAGUUACCGCCGUGCAUAACGACGGGGCUCGCAAACUCAAAGUGUCAUAAAAGUGUAAUACAGCUGACCUCAGCACUCACAACCUUGCAGUCUUAAUGUACAGCAGUGAGGAAAAAUAAACUGUUAUUUUAUGAUCUUUUCAUUAAAAGCUUGAUUGAAAACCAAA